GCUACUGCCGCUGCUGUGUGGGUUUCUUUACACUCGCUGGCAGGCUGGGUGCCUGCUCCCUCGCCUACCCGCCCGGGAAAGUGGGUUACGGAGGGAAGAAGCUCCUCUCCGACGCUGGCCAAGGAGCAUCCAGCCAGAGAGAGCAGAGACCACCUUCCUUUUUGCCGCCUUCUCUCCAUCUUUCCUGGAGGGUUUUAUGUUUGUACUCUCACCUUUAAAAUUGUGUUCCUUUGAGUUUUUCCCACCUCAGCUCGGGUUUGAUGAGGGCUUUGUGAAGUCUUAGAGGGAGAAGAGACUGCGCGAGGGAAAGAGAGAGGCAAAGUGGAAAGGAGCACAGAUUGCGGAGCGCGGUCCGCCUCUGCUGUGGAUGAAAGCCCUCCGUUGGUAAAGCCCGCUCGGCGAGCAGCGCGCACACACACGCCCUCCAGAGUAGCCCCGACCCCGCACCUCGGCGUGGCCACCAUGGUCGCCAGAGUUCAGCCUGAUCGGAAACAGUUGCCUCUGGUCCUACUGAGAUUGCUCUGCCUUCUUCCCACAGGACUGCCCGUCCGCAGCGUGGAUUUUAACCGAGGCACCGACAACAUCACCGUGAGGCAGGGGGACACGGCCAUCCUCAGGUGCGUUGUAGAAGAUAAGAACUCAAAGGUGGCCUGGUUGAACCGUUCUGGCAUCAUUUUUGCUGGGCAUGACAAGUGGUCUCUGGACCCUCGGGUUGAGCUGGAGAAACGCCAUUCUCUGGAGUACAGCCUGCGAAUCCAGAAGGUGGAUGUCUACGAUGAGGGUUCCUACACUUGCUCGGUGCAGACACAGCAUGAGCCGAAGACCUCCCAAGUUUACUUGAUUGUGCAAGUUCCACCAAAGAUCUCCAACAUCUCUUCAGAUGUCACUGUGAAUGAGGGCAGCAAUGUCACCCUGGUCUGCAUGGCCAAUGGCCGUCCUGAACCUGUGAUCACCUGGAGACACCUUACACCAACUGGAAGAGAAUUUGAAGGAGAAGAAGAAUAUCUGGAGAUCCUUGGCAUCACCAGGGAGCAGUCAGGCAAAUACGAGUGCAAAGCUGCCAAUGAGGUCUCCUCGGCGGAUGUCAAACAAGUCAAGGUCACUGUGAACUAUCCUCCCACUAUCACGGAAUCCAAGAGCAACGAAGCCACCACCGGCCGAAAAGCUUCCCUCAAAUGCGAAGCCUCGGCAGUGCCUGCGCCUGACUUUGAGUGGUACCGAGAUGACACCAGGAUAAAUAGUGCCAAUGGCCUUGAGAUUAAGAGCACGGAGGGCCAGUCUUCCCUGACAGUGACCAAUGUCACUGAGGAGCACUAUGGCAACUAUACAUGCGUGGCUGCCAACAAUCUGGGGAUGACCAACGCCAGCCUCGUCCUUUUCAAGCGUGUUUCACCCACAAUCCCCCACCCCCUUCAAGAAAUUGGCACCACCGUGCACUUCAAGCAAAAAGGACCUGGGUCGGUGAGAGGAAUAAAUGGAUCCAUCAGUCUGGCCGUACCACUGUGGCUGCUGGCAGCAUCUCUGCUCUGCCUUCUCAGCAAAUGUUAAUAGAAUAAAAGUUUAAAAAUAAUUAAAAAAAAAACACACAAAAAUGCGUCACACAGGAUACAGAGCGAGAGAGAGUGAAAUGGGGGGAGAAUGUUUCUUUCACAACUUUGUGUGUUUAUAAAUGAAGGGGGAAAUAAGAAAGUGAAGAAGAAAAUACAACAUUUAAAACAAUUUGAAAGUCCAUCAAUAAAAAUUGAAGUAUAAUUCCAGGUGGGAAGAGUUCUACCAAGAAAUGUGUAUAUCUAAGCAAAUGUAGACUGUGUAAAGACUCCAUCAAUUAAGGAGAUUUGAUGUUAUAAAAAAUGACAAGUGAAGAAGUACCAGAUGGGUAUUAACCCCCCACCACACGCCCACACACAUAUACACACACACGCACACACACAUACACACACACACUUUAUCUUUCCUUCAUCCUUUUUCAUCUGCGGGGAAAGAAAAAAAUACAGUCUUGCCUUGGUGUUUAUACUUCCAACAUCAUUUUAUUCUGUUUUUAAUUUGAGCUGAUGCAUAGCCAUUCAGACUAUCGAUGGAAUCCAUGCUGGAGUCCUACCCUGACCCUUUAUCUGGUUUUCCUGUCUCCCCCCUCCCUCCAACUUUUAAGACCAUCUCGGUGUUCGAUCUCCCCCGCAUCCGUGCGGGAUAUCUGCUCUUUAUCCUCACCCCGGCCGCUUCCCUUCACUCCCAGCCCCUAACCCGCACCUCCCAGCACUCGUCAUGCCGCAGACGCUAGAAAGUGCCAUUUUAAUUCUCUCCACUGUGCGCGCGUGCUGUCUCUCUCUCUCUCUCUCUCUCAACGUGGGUGUACGUGUGUGGGCGUGUGCGCCUCUCUCUAAAGCAUGCCGAGGGAAUGGUCCACGUGUACAUAGACUCAUUGUGCUGUAGAUACUGUCCCUCAUUGUAAUCUUGAGAUGCGGCUGUGACGAGGUGCUGGGGGCCGUGGGAGGGGAAGGAGGCAAGGAGCAGAGCCGCUCCCCCAUCCAUGGCUGUCCCUGGACCUCAGUGUGUAUUUCAGACCAAGCUGUGCCCCACCUACGGGCAGAUCCUCAUCUUCCUCCCAGUCCAGUCAUCAGAACCCAGUCCAGAGUCACUCAGAUUAUCACUGUCAAUGAAAGUGCCUACUAUUGAUGGGGUGAGCAAACAGUAGAAAGAAUCAGUGAUGCGGAUGAGGUGACCUAGGACAGAAGUUUCUGAUUUCACUCUUGUUUCACGAGUGAGUCUGAAGGAUUCACGUGCUUCCCAGCUUUUUUGCAGACUUGGUCCUGCUCUGCCGCAGGAGUAACAGGUAUGGAGCAAAUCCCCAGAAGUGGGAAGGUCUCCAAGGAUUAAGUCCUAGUGAAAGGAUGCUGAGCCACGCGGAGAUCCUUAGCAGCCCUGUUUCGCCCCCUCUCCAAUCUUCAGUUAACACUGCAUUUGCUCCCAUGGAUUUCCCUGAGCAGAGAUUUUUCCAUAUUUCAGAUAAAAUACAGUGAGCCGUGAGCAAGGCAAGAGACGUACAGAUACCCAGGUCCCUACUCAUGUGGUAGAAAUACUGUGACAGCCCCAAUACAAAGCAUUGGCCACAACCAAGGGGAAGUCUGCUCCUGGCGCCCCUCUGCAGCUCUGUCCUGGAGUCCUAGGCUAACGCUUGAUUUGAUUCCCGCGUCAUCUCCCUUCUCACCCAUGGAUGGUGCUCGCCGCACUGCUGUUGACAGCACGCCAUCCUUAUCCUGCACCAGGCCACUAGGGGCAGCACUGUAUUCCAUCUUUCCUACUUACCCUUGGCUUCUCAUCUCCUGAAAAAGAUACAGUGGGAGAUACGAUGUUUAAGUUUACAUAUACAAGAGGGUUAUAUGAGCUAGUUCUCAACCAGAAGAGCUGAGAAACUUGUAAUCAUUUAGGCAAAAGCUAUAUACAUACCACAAAACGACAUCACCACCACACCAGAAGGAUUUUCUUAGGAAAAGCCUUGCAGAGCUCCCCGUGUGUAGAUAUCUUGUCAGGAAACCAACCGUUGCUUUUACUUAGACUACUAGGCAUUGGAAAUGGCUCAUUAGUGAGAAGACAUAAGAUUGAUAUUGAGGUCUUAAUGGAAUGUAUUGCAGCAGAGCCAAAUACGGUACCUCACCAAGUCUUAGAACCUGGAAAAUGGCUGUUAUCUGAUGUAAAACAGGAAGCUUCAUGACUGCAUAUCAGAAAAGGAAGGAAGAAAGGGAAGAAAGAAGGAAGGGAGGAAGAAUUAGAAAGAAAGGGAGUGAGGAAGAGAAAAAGGAAGAAAGGGAAGGCAUAUAGGGGGAGAGUGAGGAGGAAGGAAGGAAAAUAAUAAAUCUGAAAUUUAUCUUGAUAGACUUUAUUAAUUGAAGGCUCUUUGCAAUGAGUCUCGUCUUUAAAGGUAAUGAUCUCCUGAUAAGUGGUACUUUUAAUCUCUUCUAGGGGAUUCUAUUGUUUUAAAAGCCUAUCACCAGACUUCUUUUAUGAUUUUGCAGUUUAGACAUGAAACAGAAGGACAAAUUGAACUUGGGAGUGGGUAAAAUUAUUUGUGGCAGAUCCUGGCAUAGGACCAAAAUUCUUAUCCAAGAUGGUAGCUACUUAAACAUAGAGAAAGUGAGCCUUAUUCCUAGGCAGCAUCAAUUUAUUGACAAUCAGGGAUUUCUCUAACAAUUUAGUCUUCUUAGUACAGGAAUAAAAGCUUAUCAUCCUUGAUGAUCAAUAUUUCCCAUAUAUUGAAGAGUCAACCACAUCCUUAAGUGGAAGCUUUAGUGGAGUGCAUGCUAAUUUAAAGGUACAUAAGAAAAGAAAAGUAACAGGAGUUAAUUCAGUUUAGUAUCAAUUUCAGGAACAGAUCCUCAUGGCAUGUCACAGAUUUUUCAUCACACACCUAGAUUUCUUAUUCCCUCUACCCUAUCCUAAGGACAAGGUCUUGGCUUUAUAGAAGGAGAUUCUCAUUGAAAGGAAUGUCUUUGCCUUGUCAGCACCAUUUGUUCCCUGAGUUUUAUUAAAAAUGGUCCAUAUAUUAAACGUAAUUAAACAUGUAUUGAAUAUUGUGGUGUUUGCAUAUAUCUCUGGUAGGAUCUGGGAAUUUUGUCCUGUCUCCCGUUUCAGAGCAAUCAUUGACCCCAGAAAUUUCAUAGGUUUGAGGAUGUUUUUGAGCAAUGUGAAAAAUGGAAGAGAACCUAGUUUGGAAAAGGGUCAGGUAAAAGGUAGAAGCCAGAUCACUGACAUCGAGAUAACAAGUUUAAACAUGGGACUUCUUGGAAUUUAGUUCAUCACAACGCGAUAACUCUCUUCAAGACUUUUGUCCAUUGGUAAUCAAAGCAUGAAACCUUGCAUUGAAAAGAAUCAACUGGCUGGAAACAAUAUACUGAGAGGAGUGAAAUACAUCAAUUAAUCUGAAUGGCUAACACAUUCAAUGUCCUUUGUAUGCAAACUGAAACUCCACUCUUCAUAAAAUAAAAUCCUUAAACCUGACUUACAGUUAACCAAAGCAGAAAUGACCUUGAUGAAGGGUCCUUCCUGAAGAAUGAAAACUAUCUUAGGUUUUACAACUGCAAAAUUCUUUCCUCUGUGCAGUUGUUCAUCAGAAGGUUUUGCCUUAUUGAAGGAACAGUCUUACUAGUUUGAACAUAAAACAUCCCUCUUCCCUGAAAGAACUAACGCUUAGGGAUAGGUCCUUGCUUUUUCUGUUGGGAAGAAUUGUCCCACUGACCUUUGCCUUCUCUUCCAAGUCAGACAUCAUCUUUGCCCUGGGCAUUUUUUUUUUUUUUUUUUACUACAUCUUCAGACAAUCUGGGCUAUUCAGAGAGACCUUGUAAAAGUACUCGUGAUUUUCAUGUUAUUGGAGGACAGAAACAAAAAUCUGUUUCUCCUCCAAAAAUGGACUUACCUCCUUUGCGCACAGAAACUAAACUCCUCAGCAUGAAAAUGUUUCUCAGUUAUUACCUACUGAGUUAUUAGCUCUUAACUGUUCCAGAAUCAUAGGUUCCAUCCCCAGGUUGGUUGUGGUUUGAAUGUGUCUAUUGGCUUGCAUCCCAGAAUUUCCCAUUUUGUUUUUUGAAGGUCUUAAAUUAUUUGUGGAAAUAUAUAUAUAUGUGUAUGUAUUUUUUUUAAACCUUAUCUUUACAGAUGCUAUAUUUGCAAUAUUGUAUGUAUUAUAAAGCAAAUCUAGAAUAAUGAUUUAAACUUAAAAGGAAGAAAAGUAUUGAAUUUGGUUUUAAAAAAGAGCUAUACUUCAUUUAGAAAGACGUGGAGCCCCAUUUUUCCACACUGAAAUGAUUUGUUUGAAAGGAAUUUGCUUAUGGAUCUUGUUCCAUGGAAAUAACCAUGACCUUAUUUUAGCUCUUCGACUUCAUAACCUUUCAACCUGUAUUUAGCCUUGAUUUCUAAUAAGUAUCAUUUUAUAGAUAUAUAAGUGCAAUGCUAUAUCCAACCUACAAAACAAUAUUUUGAAGACAAAUAUUAAAUAUACCACAGAAACAGCGAAGACCCUGAGUUAAGAAAUGUAAAUCCAAUUUAGGAAGUCUCCUUCUUUCUUAAAUGUUUAAAAUAUUUCUUCUCUAGUGCAUUUGCUCUAGUUGAGUAAAUUUUCUAUAGCAAUUGGCAUAAUAUCUGUAAAUGUCUCACUAAAUGCAAAAUGAAGUUUACAUUUAUGUGUAUACAGUGGAAGAGAAGUAAACUGUUCUCGUUUGCAGCUAUGUUGUUAAAUGUGGCCAAGUGAUAAUGCAAGAAAGAAUUUAUCUUCACCCAGAAACCAGUGCAUAACUAACCCGUUGACAAGCAAGCUGGUGUUAACGUUAGGUGUUGGUUUAACACUUACUCCAGCGUAAAUGUUUAUGGAUAUUAUGGAAAACUUAUUUUAAAACCUUGAUUUCCUUUCAGCGCAUUUACAUUCUGUGUGCUGAUUAAUAAAUUAGGCACCAAUCAUGUGUAAAUCAAUGUAAAUCGGUAGUUUAUGUACAUAAUAUAAACUAUGUAAACUUCAUUUUUCAUGCAAUGCCCAAGUUCAGCUAAACAUAUGAAUCUGAAAGGAAAAAAUAAAUAAAUAAAAACCAAAGCCUGUCACAAGUCAGAAUGGGGUGAAAGAUGACUAAUGGCCCAAACAUAAGGUUGUCUCAGCAAAAGGAAGCAGACCCACAGAACUGUUAUAGGCACGCAUCCUGCUCUGUUCGCAAGAGGUCACCUCUUUACCUCUUUGUUCCUCAGGACCCAAGUGCUGACUUAGGACUUAGGAUGUCAGGACUUCCAUCCAACACUUACCACAGCUGUCCCACCUGGACCCCAGAGCAAGGGAAAUGAAGAGACAGGGAGGACAGAGUUUGAAGGGCUCAUGUGUCUGUUACAUCAACUGUCAAGUGUUUUUGUUGUUGCUGUUACUUCUUACUUACAACCUAAAGUCUCAUUUCAAUAGCUCCAAGGAAAGUAAGUCAGCUAUAUCUUGAUGAGCACAGUAUUACUCAGUCUUUAUUUUCCAUUCAACAGAAACAUUGGGAUAGUUUCUUUGUCAUCUCAAUCCUAAGAAAUUAAGGGAUAUUGAAAAAUGUUAUGUCCUUAAGAAAUAUCUUGCUAAAUCACUCUAGGAAAGAAUUACUCUUGCUUAAUCUGGUGGAUCUAUUACCUAUAUUUCUAUACUGACUAUUGCAAAUGAGGACAGAAUCAUUUUCAUUGGGAGUAUCUCUCUCAGCAUGUUCUCGUGAAGUCUUUUUGAAGUGUCUGAUGUGUUUAACAGAAUGACAUAUAUAUGUCUUCUGUGAUCAGCACAGCUGGUACAUAAGGAGUCAUCAAAGAGAUCUCUUCAGGGACCACAUGAAUUUUUUGCAAAGACUGUUAUCGAAAGAAAUUUGGGUCAAAUUAAUAUUAUGCUUAAAGUAUACUCCUCUACCCAAGACAAACAACAACUUUAUAAAGCGAAGUAGGUGAAAAGUGGAUUGGGAAUCAGGAGAAAUGAGUUCUAGCCCCAGGUCUGGCCUAUAAGCAAGUCAUAUGACCUUAGGCAAAUUAGUUAAACUUUCUGAGUUUUGGUUUUCUCAUCCUGAAAGUGAGAAAUUCAAAUGAUUUCUCUAAAACCUCUGCCAUCUCCAAACUCUCUGAUUCUGAAUAAGAAUUGAAUCUUCAUGUAGUGCUGUGCCCAGCUUGCCAUUCUAAGCAGCUAUUUGUCAUUUCUGGUUUGAUCUCUUUGGUCUAGUUUGAUCUUCACUUCUUGGAACCAUCCUUCCAUCAUCUCCAUGUCAAAAGCCAAAACUUUCUAGAAUACAGGGUCCCUGGACUGGGUUUAUAAUUCUCUCCUAAUCAAAAUUUCUUAGUAACAUAGAGAAAGGACACAUUCAAAUUAUACUGAUGGUGUUGAGAGAGCUGGAGUUGUUUCUUUAAUUGAAAUGUUAUAAAAUCUAACUGUUGGACUAUAUUCUAAUAAUCUUUCAUAGGGAGAAAAUAGCCAGACUAGGUAUUGGUCACAUAACUAGUAAGGAAGUUGUUCAUGUGAAGGGAAGGGAAACAUCAGUCUUCUCCUCCUGGGCCAAGUGCCUCGUGAUAGUAAAUGGUUGUCCUUGAAAACUCUUUGCUUGUGCAGGUGGCCAUAAGCAAGUGAUCCCAGGUAGGUUCAAAAGUCUGUUCUAGGAGAAAUGAGCAAGAUAAUAUAUUUUGUUUUGGAAGAAACAUCUCAUGGCAUAAGUUUCUCUAAAUUUGACUUAUAGGCUAUGUAGUCAAGUAAAUGGAUGGAGAGAAAACAAGCCUCAUUUUCACAAAAUACAAGUCAACACGAUUUUAAAGAAACAAGUUGAAAACAAGACAAAAAUAAACACAUUUUAGCAGGUUACAGAGCUGAAUGUGAUAACAGUUGUGAAGGUCAAAAUCAAAUGUGAAAGUUAAAUACUCCAAGCAGAGGGUGAACAGGAUGGUUUCUCAGGCAGUUAAUGAGGAAUUACCAUCAUGCACCUUGUUCUGGAUGGCCUGAGCACAGGUGUGCUUGUCUUGACCCAUCAAAGUAUAGCCCCAUACUAUCCUGGAUGCUCAAUUUAGCAUCUGUCCUAUGGUAGCUUUUCAUGCAUUGCUUAAGAGGACAGAAAUAAUAUGAGUCUCCUGUGCACUGAAAAGCAAGUAUUAUUCAUAACUUCCCAGCAUUAGUAUCACUUUAUAUAGAUGACAAUUUGCAAUGUGCUUAGAGUAGGUCUGACACUCUAUUUAAGUGAGAAAGUGACCUGCCCAUGGACAACUCCCCACUUUGGGUGAUUUCAGAGGCAUCAUUGAGUGAUCCUCCUGGACCAACUCUUACAGCUAUGUUCUUCUCUGCAUAAGCCCUCUCUAUGUAAAGCCAGGCACAGAGUGAAAAUCUGUUUCUUGCAAACGAAGAAAACCGUUGGGACCACUGGCUUUCUGGCACACGGCAGUAAUUCUAAGCUAUUUGGAGCCUUUACAAAAAACAAAAACUCCCUUACUUAGUCUUUGUUCUUCACUAGAGAAUAUUAAAGGUUCAUCCUGGUGAAUUACGACCACGUUCUGCUCCCUAAGUAUUUAUUGGGAGUGGGAGAAGGGUGAAGUGAAAAUUACAGGAGAGAAGCAUGGGAGAAAACCUCCAACUUCCUUCCCCAGCACUGGUUCACCCCUUCCUCCUCACUGCUCUACUGAAGGGUGUAUAAAUUCUGCUCUUGGUUAGAAUUCUCCUUAUUAACAGUGUUAUAUACAUAUAAAUAUAUAUAUAUGAAUAUAUUCCUUUUUUCAUCCCUGUAGACAUAAGCAAAACUUUCCUUGAUGACAAAAACUCAUGGCCAUUUUUUGUUUGGGUUUUUUGUUGUUCAAGGUUUUUUUUUUUAAUAUUUGUUUAUUGGGGGGAUUUUUUUUCCCUGGAUACUAGCUCUGUGAAGGAAAAUAAAAAGCGCAAGUGUGUGUUUUAAAAAAAUUAAAAUUAAAAAAGCUUUUUUCCUUUUCUUUUUAAAUGUAUUUGAAUUCAGUUUCUCUCUUCUGUUACUUUACACGUAUGAAUGCUCUGCUCUUCUGUGAUCUUAAAACAAAAUGAAAUAAACGUGAAAAGGAGAUGUGUCUUCAUUGA